AUGAAUGUAUGUAUGUAUGAAUGAAUGAAUUGGUUUUGAAGGCAGAGCAUUUACACCUGCACAUAUUUGCUUUUUUUUCCCCAUUUACAAUUCAUGGAGUCGCUUUUUAAUAUUUAGGAAAAUAAGACUAACGUGAGCUAAACUGUUCUUUUUUUUCUUUUUUCUGUACUACUACUACUACUACUAAUAAUAAUAAUAAUAAUAUCCAGAUAUGGAUGGUUGCUGGCAUGUUUUUCUCAUUUUUUGCUUUCUUUUCUUUCAGAUUUCUCCACACUUAUUACUCUUCUGUGGGAUAUUGCUUGGUUUUGUGUUUGUUCAGCAGCUCGUAUAUUUAAGGAUUGAAGGCAGAACGUUAACACCUGCUCAUAUUCUUUCCUCUCACGCCAAGAGUCAUGCAUGGAACAAGAAAGCUGAUCUGGUGCAGUCUCUGUAUCCUCGUGUUCGUGUGUUAUGCUGGAUCAUGACGAGGCCUGAAAACCUGCAGAAGCGUCUCCAGCAUGUGAAUGCCACCUGGGCUCAACACUGUAACUUGGUGCUGUACAUGAGCUCGCAAUCCUCAGAUUUCCCCACAGUAGGUCUAAACGUCAGCGAGGGUCGAUCGCAGCUCUACUGGAAGACCAUCCGAGCCUUUCAGCACAUCCAAAAACACCACCUCCAACACGCCGACUGGUUUCUCAAAGCCGAUGACGACACCUUUGUGGUGCUGGAAAACCUCAGAUACCUACUCUCCCAGCACGACACCGAAAAACCUCUUUAUUUCGGACACAAAUUUCGUCCGUUUGUGCGGCAGGGAUACAUGAGCGGUGGAGCCGGGUAUGUUUUGAGCCGAGAGGCGCUCAGGAGAUUUGUGCAAGGAUUCGUGACGGGACGCUGCACUCAUUUCAGCUCUCUGGAGGACAUGGCAUUGGGCCGCUGCAUGGAGAUUAUGGGAGUGAAGGCUGUGGAUACUAGAGAUGCCAAUCUGAGGGAAACAUUUAAUCCGUUCUGGCCUGAUAAACACCUCAUUCACAAGGAUAAUACAAAGAAACAGGACUCGUUGUACAGUUACUAUAAAACCAAACUGGGCCCGGAGUGCUGUUCGGAUUUUGUGAUUUCUUUUCAUUAUCUGAGAGCUGCAGACAUGUACAUGCUGGAGUAUUAUACGUAUCACCUGCGACCAUUCGGAUACAAGUACAGAUUCAACCCUCAUCAUCACCAAAACAACACCAUUGAGAUUAACCAGACAAACACACAAUAGACAAAGUAUUAGAAAAAGAUCUUUAAUGUGGCAAAAAACAGUUUACAUGAGAACAUUUGUGGAGAACAAAAGACUGAAAAACAUAUACAGACUGAAAAUUGAUAUGAAAAUUGUUCGAUGUGCAUCAAGACUCAAUAGUUUUGUGGGUUUUGUUUCAAAUAGUUGCAUUAUAGCACUUGUUCUAUUGCAUUUUAUGUGUGUUUUUCAAAAAGCUACCAUUUCAUAUAUUGCAACAACGUUCAGACAUUUUGAACUCGCUUGUUUAUUGCUCAUUUAGGAGACAUACACAAAGUUAUGUUGUGUGGAAACAGCUAUGGUAAAAAAAAAUACUUUUGAGAAUA